CUCUCUUCGUUGUUCUCCACCAUGUCUAAUGAAACCAAAGAUCUCUACAACUACCAAUACAAUUCAUCCUUCUCUUUGUACGAAAUGAUGAAUCUCCCUACUUCAACUCCGUCUUCUUAUGUAAACAACAGUUUCGAUCCAUCUUCCUACUCCUUCACUGAUUGCCUCCAAAGCUCUCCAGGAGCGUACGAUUCUCUACAGCAGAAAACUUUUGGUAUUUCUCCCUCUUCAUCAGAGGUUUUCAACUCUUCGAUCGAUCAAGAAUCGAAAAGAGAUGUUUCUGGCGAGACUCCAACUAGGGUUUCUGCACCUUCUUCCUCUAGCGAGGCUGAUCAUACCGGCCAAGAUUCCUGUAAGAGCCAGAGGAAAAGAGAGGUAGCUGAAGAUGGAGGUGAAGAAAAUGAAAGUUCCAAAAAAGUAGGGAAAACAAAAAAGAAUGAGAAGAAACAAAGAGAGCCACGAGUCUCUUUUAUGACUAAAAGUGAAGUUGAUCAUCUUGAAGAUGGUUAUAGAUGGAGAAAAUACGGCCAAAAGGCUGUCAAAAACAGCCCUUACCCAAGGAGUUACUAUAGAUGCACGACGCAAAGGUGCAACGUGAAGAAACGAGUAGAGAGAUCGUUCCAAGAUCCAACGGUUGUGAUUACAACGUACGAGGGUCAACACAACCAUCCGAUUCCGACUAAUCUCCGGGGAAGUUCCGCCGCGGCUGCUAUGUACUCUGCCGACUUCAUGACUCCGAGAAGCCUUACACAUGAUAUGUUUCGGAUGGCUGCUUGUACUAGCGGCAGUUCUUCGGCGGGGGCUUUGGACUAUGGAUACGGACAGAGUGGUUAUGGAAGUGUGAAUGCAAACCCUAAUUCUCCUCAUCAAAAGUAUCACCAAGGUGGUGAAUAUGAGCUCUUGAAGGAAAUGUUUCCUUCCAUUUUCUUCAAGCAAGAGCUAUAAAUUACACAUAUAUAUAUAUACACUUAUAUAUACUACUUCUAUAUAAAUAUACUGAGAGGGAGAAAUUCCAAUAUAUAUGUAGAUUAAGAUCUAUUGUGUCUCUCUUGUUUGCAUGUACAUAUUUUUCAUGAGAGAAUGAGACAUAAAUGGGCUUAAAACAUUGUUGAUGAUGUUUAAUGGGUCAACAUUAGAUAUAUGUAUUUCUCUUUUUAAUUUUUUCUGAACUGUAGUUCCUGUUUUGGGUGAUUUUAUGACAUGAUGUUGUUGUGUUUUUGUUAAAAAAUGCUAUUGAAUUUGUGUAAUGUGUACUAUCUUAUGUAGAAGCGAAAAAGACAUAGUUAAAGCUAUG